GCCCAGAGAUGGAGAAAGUAAUUUUGCUCUCAAGCACUUUGAUGGUUUUCCUCAUCUCCAGCUGUUGCGCUGAGGAAGAGUUUAUAGUCUGCUCUAAUUACCAGAAAGCAUUUGAAGGAGCUUGCUAUGAGUUUGUAGGUCUGCAGUUUUCCUUCCUCAGAGCUGAAGCGUGGUGUGAGAGAGGUGGGGGACACCUGGUUUUUAUCUUGAAUGAUGAAACACAGCAGUUCCUUCAAACAUACCUGGAGCCUGAUAAGGACUGGUGGCUUGGGCUGGCACCUGCAGCGCCAAACCUCACUCAGGAUUCCUCUCCCACUGAAGGUUCUCUUGCAUGGUUGGACAGUUCAGAUGUCAGCUACAGUAACUGGGUAAACCCACCUGAUGUCCAAGCAGCUUGUGGACACAUUCUGGGACACACAGGCUUCCAGUGGACGGCCACAGAAAACUGCACCCAGGAACUCAACUUUGUCUGCCAGUUUGAUAUUGGAAGAACAGUUGCAUGUGAAGGUCAAAAUGCCAAAUUGCAAUGCGGUUCUGGUCAGGUUUUGGAGAUUGAAGAUGCCUUCUACGGACGGAAAACUAUUCAUUAUUGCCGAUCCCACUUCACUACUUUACCCACAUUUUCCCAGGAGGAAUGCAGCUGGAUUAAUGCUUUGGAUUCUGUAACAGCUCAUUGUCGUGGACUGCAGGCCUGUCAGGUUCCAUUGGAUCUGAACUCCUUCACUGAACCCUGCCCAGUGUUGGGAAGUUAUCUAUCGGUGGAGUACCACUGCAAAGACGGACUUUCCUUGCAGAUCAUUAACCUGGCUUCUGUUGUCGAUAAUGUUUCCAUCACUGUAAAAUGGCUCCUUCAUCCCUUUCAUGGAAACUUAACUUGCACCGUGGAUACUGGAGAUGGCCACAUCAUUGAUCCAUAUAAUCCAGAAGAGAUGGAGUCUGCAAUCAUACACAGAUUUCGCAAGCCUGGUGUUUUCAUAGUUGAGGUUGAAUGCAGCACCAGUGACUGGCACGUCACUGCUCAGAAAACUAUAAUAAUCCAGGAGCCUGUUGGUGAGUUGAGAGUGGUGAAGUGUUAUGGCAACAAUGUGACAACAGAUGGCACCAAAUGCAACACCCUCUAUGGGGGGCCUGUUCAGAUACAACUUGGACUGGAAACAGGGACAAAUGUUACAUACUCAGUUCUUCUUAAUAGCAAUCAGAUUGCAAACUCUUUUGUGGACUCGGGGAACCAACCUCACAACAUCACACUGAAUCAGACUGUGGUUCAAAGUCUUAAACCUGGCUGCAAGAAUUUAACCAUAUCUGCAUCUAAUGGGGUCACACCCCACCCAGUGUCCACUGACCUGCUGCUGUGCCUCCUGGAACCUGUUGUCGGCCUGCAGGCCAAUAUAAUGACAGAAAAGGAUGAAUGUCCAGACUCUCCUGAUCUCACCAUUGCUGUCUCAUUGAAGCAAGGGUCCCCAGUGGAGCUUUAUUUUAACUUCACUGGGUUAAGAGACGUGCUGACUGAAACCAGAAACAUGAUUAAUAAUAGCCUGCAUACUCACGUGUUCUCCCACCCACUGGAAGGGCUUUUGAAAGUGAAAGUCCAAGCUGUGAAUGUCUUUUCAAGCUCUCAGCUGGAAAUUGACUUAAUGAAAAUACUGCAGGCUUGCCAGAAUUACUCCUCGACAAGUGAAAAUGAAAACACGGAGGAUAACUAUGAAAUAUCAGGCGGCUUGGAAAUAACAGCUUCUCCUGACCAGUUCGUUGACCACAGUCAGAGUGUUGAGCUGAAUGUAGCCGGUGCUGAAUUUCGGGACAGCAAAAGAUUCAUAUUUGAGUGGCAAUGCAAUGGACACUGCUCAUGCAGAAAUACAACAAGGGAAGAAACUCAUGUGAUUGAAAAAGAUUGUCUUCCUAAUCCAUUUGAAAUAUUUGAAUACAGUUUGACUAUGAGGAAAAGAACAUGGUUUAGGAAGUGGGUGGAGCUUGCCCGAGCCUCUAAAUGCAUUACAGUUACCCCUCUAAAGGAAUUACAGGACAUCACAAUCAGGUGUAACAACUGUGAUUCCUUAAAUGUGAAUGAAAGUGCAAAGCUAAGUCUCAGCUGUGCAACAACUUGCCCAGAUGUAGUUUGGCAAAUAGAAGAUCCAAAACCUAUGAUGGAGGAUCUCAAUGAAUGUUACUCAAAAGCAGGAAGAAGUCCUCCUACAAAUAUACAACAUGGUGACACUGAAUACACAGUCCCCAGUCAAUAUCUAAGAGAUUCAAGGAGCGUCCAGCAUAACAUCGUUGUGAUUGCUUAUGGCAAGAAGGUCCCUGGGUUUGUCAAAUACAGUAUUCCAAUCCCAGCUGCACCUGCUGUACCUACAUGCAGCAUCUCUCCACAGUCAGGAAAUGUGCUUGAUGCUUUUGAAAUUACCUGUGAGUUGACGUCUUUCUGCUCCACAGGCUGUCUUUAUUGCCUCAAGACCGACACAGGCAAACAUCUCCGUUGCAGUAAUACAAAUGCAGUGAAAUCAAUCUUCCUGCCUUUGGGAGAUGAGAAGAACAAUCACAUUGUUACUGUGGUUGUGACAGUGAAGAAUAAACACACAACAGCGACUACAACUGUUGCAACUCAGGUAAUGAAAAGCAACUCCAGUGCCUCCAUACUAUCUCUUCAGUCUGCCGUCAAAGACACUGUAGAUCAACUGGAACAGCAAGGCCUGCUUUCUGGUGAGGCACUUGGACAAAUAUUCAGUUCCGUUUCGGACGUGCUGAAUUCAGAGGAUGACCGAGGUCAGAAGGACGCAAAAACAAAGCUCCGGGAACAGAUGUUGACCAAAAUGACAGAAGUUCUGCAGGACUGCCCAAGCAACACAACACAAGAAGUUCAAGUUUCAGCUGAAGCUGUGGCUGGACUAACGCAGAUGUCAGAUGAGCUCAGUCCUGUCGCUCAAGAGGAAGCUGGCUCAUUGUUGGUGAACCUCAGCUCUUACCUUUGCACCAUAACCAUCCAACCGCAUGAAAGAAGAGAUGAAGAUGUUGUGCAAGCAGCUACACCCAUAGUUGAAGCAGCCAGUAAUAUUCUAAAUGUUUCAUCAAAUAAAAAAGUCUCAGAUUUCCUUCUGGUUGGGAUUAACAAUCUUCAGAGUGCUUUGUUGAAUAAUAAGAAGUUGAAUGCAGAGCCUGCGGUCAUUGAUUCUGGUCAGAUCAGUGUAUAUGUUAAUAGAAUAUCCUCUGAAGACAUAAAGGUGCAUAACAUAGAUGUCCAGAAGGAAGGUUCCUCCAGCUUUUCCAUUCCUUCACUCCCCAUUGGCAUUCUCUCUCCGAUGGAGCCGGUGGAUAUCAGGAUGAUGAGUUUUGAGAAGAAUCCAUAUGCCUGGAAAGAGGAUAACAUCACAGGAACUGUGGCCUCUCUGUCUUUCACCAGAAUGAAUGGCACAGUCAUUCCUGUAGAAAACCUACCUAAGGAAAUAGAGAUUCUUCUUCCCAGGCUCAAUGUUGGGCAGCAGAACAGCACAGUCCUUGACCUCGCAAAUUUCAGCACAUUAGUGAUUGACAUACCGUCACCAGAGGUGACCCUAGUGCUGAAAAUGGAGCCUUCUGAAGACAUAUCCUUCAUGGUGUUCCUUGGAUAUAAAGAUUAUCCGAGCGAUAAGAGUCAUGUGGCCAAGACCAAGCUCCCGCUAGAGAAAACAAGUGAAGAGGAAAAAUUUACUUGGGUGCUAAGUCCCAAAGAUCGAACAGGAGGAGCUGGAGCUCAUUACCUUCUUGUAAAGCCAAUUGUUGAGCCAGGUGUCAAGUCAGUCAACGCCACAGUUGCUGUCACUUCUAUUGCUGCUCAGUGCAAAUACUGGAAUGAAACCAGGUCUUCAUGGAGUGAAGAUGGCUGCAGGGUUGGCCCCCUAACCACACCUUUGGUCACUCAAUGCCUCUGUAACCACUUAACGUUCUUCGGCAGCUCCUUCUUUGUUAUGCCCAACAUGGUGGAUGUCUCUCGCACUGCUGAACUCUUUGCAACAUUUGCUAACAAUCCGGUGGUGGUGUGCUUUGUGGGAUCGGUUUUUGUUGCUUAUCUGCUGGCGGUGGUAUGGGCACGCAGAAAAGACAUUCAGGACUCCACCAAGGUUAAGAUAACGGUUCUUGAGGACAAUGACCCUCUGGCUGAAUAUCGCUACAUGCUAACUGUUAAUACAGGCCACCGUCAUGGUGCAGCCACUUCCUCUCAGGUUACCAUAACUCUGCUGGGAACAGAGGGAGAAAGUGAACCCCACCAUCUGACAGACCCCGAAAAGUCUGUCUUUGAGAGAGGAGGGGUGGACUUGUUUCUCCUUACCACACACUUUUCUCUUGGAGAUCUGCAGAGCAUAAGACUCUGGCACGACAACUCAGGAGAUCACCCUGCAUGGUAUGUGAAUAAAGUGAUGGUGCAGGAUCUAGAAACUGGUCAGAAAUGGCACUUUCUGUGUAACUCCUGGCUUGCUGUAGAUAUGGCUGAGUGCUGCCUUGACAAGGUCUUUCCUGUGGCUACAGAGUCAGAUUUAAAGAGAUUUAGUAACUUGUUUUUUAUGAAGACUGCCAAGGAUUUUCAAGAUGGUCACAUCUGGUUCUCGGUCAUUAGCCGACCUCCCUGCAGCACUUUCACACGUGUGCAGCGAGUGUCCUGCUGUUUCUCCCUUUUGCUUUGCACCAUGCUGACAAGCAUUAUGUUUUGGGGCAUCCCUACAGACCCGUCUGAGCAAACCAUGGAUUUAGGCCACAUCGAGUUUACCUGGCAGCAGGUCAUGGUUGGAAUUCAAAGUUCCAUCAUCAUGUUCCCCAUCAAUCUCCUUAUUGUCAGCAUCUUCAGAAACACUCGUCCAAAAGAGAGAAGUGCCAAAGCAGAUGGGUCAAAACAAGGAAACACUGUUAGAGUUUCUCCCUCACAGACUUCAUCUCCUCAAACAGAGAUAAAGCAUAUCACUCCAGACACUGUGAUCAAGGACAUAAAGAGAAUAACGCAGUCGCUCUCAAAGACCAUGAAGAGCCCAUUGCCAAAUUUUGAUCUUGAUCCAGGCCAGCAUGUAGACAUCAACAUACUGCUGUCUCUGGUGGAGGAUAUCAUCAAAUGUCAGAACAAUGCAACAGUAGACUUCUACUCCAGCAGUUUCAAGAAAGACAGCAACAUGACUCUGAGUUUGGGUGCUGUCAAUCUACAAGAAAACGGUUUGUGGGGAAGCCCGGAAAAGACAUUCGACAAAACUCAAAAGAAGACAAACAGCAGUCGGUACCUGUACAAGCAACUGCAUCAUGUGGAAAAGGAGCUUCGUCUGUUGGGACCCUCUCAAUUUCCAAACACCAGAAGCUACAACAGAGCCAUGCAGCAAGUUCAGGGAAUGAAGAGUUGCUUGGAGUCUCUGCUGGAUGGAGACCAGCUGAACCGCAGCCCCAGUCCUGAUGAAAUUAUUAGCAGUGGCCCUGGAAAGAAGUGCUGCCAGGGUGGCCUUCCAUGGUGGUUUGUGUUUGUGGGGUGGAUACUGGUGAUUGCAACCAGUGCCGUGUCAGGAUACUUUACUAUGAUGUAUGGGCUGACCUAUGGGAAGGACCAGUCUAUAAACUGGCUUAUCUCCAUGGUGGUGUCCUUCUUUGAGAGUCUCUUUAUCACCCAACCUCUGAAGGUUCUUGGGUUUGCUGCUUUCUUUGCUCUUGUUCUAAAGAAAGUUGACCAGGAGGAGUUUGGAGAACCUCAGAUUGCAGAGAAGCUCACACAUGCAGAUGAUCCUGAUGUGGUGCUUGUAGCUAGAAGAGACAGCACAUGCAGUUUCUACCAGCCACCGCCUCCUACAGACAUCGAGAGGAUGAGGAAAAAUGUAAUUAAAGAGCAGAAAGUCUUCUGCCUCAUCAGGGAGAUUCUUGCUUACAUAGGAUUCAUGUGGGUCCUUCUUCUGGUUGCAUACGGUCAGAGGGACCCUAAUGCUUAUUUUCUGAACCGACACAUUCGACAAGGCUUCAGUAAAGGAAUCUCCAACACCAUGAGCAUUCAGGACGUGUUCGACUGGGCAAACACAACUUUACUGAGAAACCUUUAUGGAGAUUACCCAGGCUUUAUAACAGACGGAAAUUCAAAGCUUGUGGGUAAUGCUCGUCUCCGCCAGGUGAGAGUGCAGAAAAACUCAUGCCACGUUGCCAGCACCAUGCAGGAGUCUGUUCCAGACUGUCACACUUCUUACUCUUGGGAUUCUGAGGACGUCGGCUCUUACGAUCCUGGCUGGAGUCCUAAUGUGGUAAAAAACACAUCCCUGAACCCCCACAACCCGUGGAUGUACAGAUCUCAGAGCGAGCUGAGGGGUUUUCCCAUCUGGGGCGGCAUAAUGCUCUACAGAGGAGGCGGCUUUGUCAUGGAUCUGGGCCCAGACUUACAAAAGUCAAGGAGAAUCCUUCAGUACCUUUAUGACAAAACUUGGUUAGAUGUGUACACCCAAGCCAUCUUCGCUGAGUUCACGGUGUACAAUGCAAAUGUGAACCUCUUCUGCAUUGUUUCACUCAUGCUGGAAACCACAGCCACUGGCGCUUUCCAGUUCCGCAGCGAGCUUCACAGUGUCCGUCUUUACCAGUCCGCUGGGGGCCUCCACAUCUUUGUCAUGGCCUCUGAAAUCAUUUACUUUCUGUUCAUUAUUUACUACAUGUUUGUUCAGGGAAAAUUAAUUAGGAGCCAGAAAUGGGAUUAUUUCAAGAGGAAGUGGAAUCUGUUGGAGUUGGCAAUCAUUAUCCUCAGCUGGAGUGCGCUGUCAGUUUUCAUCAAGAGGACUAUACUUGGAAAGAGGGAUAUAAGCUUUUAUCAGAACAACAAACAGCAAUUUGCCAGUUUCCAUGAGACGGCUCAGGCAGACACAGUGCUUGGGUAUCUGAUUGCCUUUCUGGUUCUGCUGGCUACAGUCAAACUGUGGCACCUGCUGAGACUCAACCCCAAGCUGCACAUGAUCACGGCCACACUGCAGCGUGCUUGGACUGAUAUUUCAGGCUUCCUGGUGGUCAUGACCAUCAUGUUCAUGGCUUACUCGAUUACUUCUAACGUGAUGUACGGGUGGAAACUGUACUCCUAUAGGACUCUGCUUGAUGCUGCACAAACUAUUAUCAGCUUGCAGCUUGGCAUCUUUAACUACGACGAGGUUCUAAACUACAAUCCAGUCCUUGGGGCUUUCCUUAUUGGAUCCUGCAUUGUAUUCAUGACCUUUGUUGUGCUGAAUCUAUUUAUAUCUGUUAUUCUUGUGGCAUUCAGUCAAGAACAGAUCCAUCACAAGCCACCAGAAGAGGAGGAGAUUGUUGACCUGAUUGUGAUCAAGUUCUGCAACCUGUUUGGACGUAAAUGUCAGAAGCAAGUGGUUACCUAGCUGGUAUUAUUGUGAGGAUAAAGGAUGCCAUGUUGUCUGAAGUGUAACAUCAUAACCUUACACAGAUGCGAUAUUUUUAGUUACGGCUGCUGUAACCUGUCCUGCUGCCAAUCGCCAUUUCAGUGUUUUUCACUUCUUACAAAUAUAUUUGUAUGUGUUAUCAGAUAUAGGUAAUGUUUUUUGCCAUGAAAUUCUAAUAGUCUUAGAAUAAUCUGUUUCUUAUGACUUUUACUCAAACUGAAAGAGACUGCUUGUACAUGUUAAAUAAUGAGCUAUGGAAGCAUCAUCCUCUGUUUAGUCAUUUGUGCUUUGAACACCAACUUAGCAAUUUAAGGUGAUGACAAAAACAACCAUAGGUAAUAGAAAUGUUUUAUUUAUUUUUCGCAUGAGCAUAUAAAGGUUGGAAGAAAAUAUCC